AGCGCGGAGGGGGCGGUGUGCCGGAGGUCACGUGACUCUCAACGGCGGGGCCGAGGCCGAGGCCCGAGCCGGCACGGCGGCGGCGCCCGGGCGGCGCGGGGCGGCAGCGCCAUGUCGCUGCGGGAGCGGGGCCCGGACAGCGUCGUUGAAGCCGGGGAGGACGCGGCGGCGGCGCUAGCUGAGCCGGAAGGUCCGGACCAGUGUCUGUCGCUGCUGCCCUGGGACCGUUUCUCGGCCUGGUUGCACUGCGUGUGUGUGGUGGGCUUCGACCUGGAGCUGGGCCAAGCCGUGGAGGUAAUAUAUCCUCCACAUUCAAAACUCACAGAUAAGGAGAAAACCAAUAUUUGCUAUUUGUCUUUUCCAGAUUCUAAUUCAGGUUGUCUUGGGGACACACAGUUUUGUUUUAGAUUUCGACGGUCUCCAGGAAGGAAAGUCUCACUCUGUUGUUUUCUGGACCAAUUGGAUAGAGAUCUGCCAGUUUACUUAAAGAAAGAUCCAGCAUAUUACUAUGGCUAUGUAUAUUUCAGACAAGUUCGUGACAAAUCAUUAAAAAGAGGCUAUUUCCAGAAGUCACUGGUCCUCAUCAGCAAGCUACCUUAUGUCCAUCUCUUUCGCACUCUACUUAAGCAAAUAGCACCAGAAUAUUUUGAAAAAAGUGAAGCUUUCCUGGAAGCAGUUUGUAGUGAUGUUGAUCGCUGGCCACCACCAAUUCCAGGGAAGAUACUGCAUUUGCCUAUUAUGGGUAUUAUAAUUAAGUUGCGGAUUCCAACAUAUCGGGACAAGCCUGGAACAACGCCGAUAGUGCAGAAUAUGCACCAGGCAGAUGCUCAGAUUUCCAUGGGACUGCCGACGGUUCAUGAAGUAGAUCUUUUCAGGUGUUUCUGCCCAGUAUUCUUUCACAUUCAGAUGCUUUGGGAACUAGUACUACUAGGAGAACCACUUGUCGUGAUGGCACCGUCACCAUCAGAGUCUUCAGAAACGGUGUUAGCACUUGUUAGCUGUAUUUCACCAUUAAAGUACUGCAGUGAUUUCAGGCCGUACUUUACCAUACAUGACAGCGAAUUCAAAGAAUAUACAACUCGCACACAAGCCCCACCAUCUGUCAUUCUAGGGGUGACGAAUCCUUUUUUUGCUAAAACACUUCAGCACUGGCCUCACAUUAUCCGAAUUGGGGAUAUGAAACUUCCAGGUGAAAUUCCAAAGCAAGUGAAAGUGAAAAAACUGAAGAACCUAAAAACUUUGGACUCCAAACCUGGCGUUUAUACGUCUUACAAGCCAUACUUGAACAAAGAUGAAGAAAUUGUUAAACAGUUGCAAAAGGGUGUACAGCAGAAACGUCCCACAGAAGCACAGAGUGUGAUUCUUCGGCGGUAUUUUUUGGAGUUGACGGAAAGCUUCAUUAUUCCACUAGAACGUUACGUUGCAAGCUUAAUGCCUUUGCAAAAAUGCAUAUCACCGUGGAAGAGUCCACCACAGCUGAGGCAGUUUAACCAAGAGGACUUUAUGAAGACACUGGAAAAAGCAGGUCCACAGCUCACAUCAGGUUUAAAAGGAGACUGGAUAGGACUUUACAGGCAUUUCUUGAAAUCACCAAACUUUGAUGGUUGGUUUAGGAGCCGGCAGAAGGAAAUGACAUUGAAGUUGGAGGCCCUCCAUUUAGAAGCACUCUGUAAUGAGAACUUGGUUUUCUGGAGUCAGAAGCACACUGAAGUGGAAACGGUAGAUCUUGUCUUAAAGUUAAAGAAUAAACUGUUGCAGGCUGACAGAGAACACCUUCCUGUGAAGACUGACACACUGAAAAAGCUGCAGACACACAUCAAUGACAUUAUACUAGCACUUCCAGAUGACUUACAGGAUAUCUUGCUCAAAACUGGCACAACAUGAUUUCUACUGUUUUUUUUUGUACAGAAAACUAAAACAAAUCAGUUUCACAGAAGACAGUGGCUUACCAAGAUUGGAACACAGCUCUAAACACUACAAAUGGACUGUAAUAACUGUAUAGCCCACUGUACUAGUUCCACUGUCUUUUCCACUUAAACACCAAUGCAACUAAAGAAAUUCCUGUGUUUAAUAAUAUCUGAAAUAAGUGCUCUUAAAGAAGAAUCUGUGGGCAUAUGAAACGAUACCAUAGUAUAGGACCACAGUGCAGUGCUGGCAUUGCAGAAUGUUUUCCAAUUGGUGCUGCUAUACCCAAUCCUGCUAACUCAGGGGUAAGCAAUAUUGAUCCUGUACUGUCCUCUUGAUGUAGUAUCUGGUUGCUUUUGAGUUUUUUUUCUUUUAGAUUUCACCUAGUGGUAAGUCCAACUGACUAUUACAUGACUUGGUGAGAAUACGUUAGAGUUGAGAUAUUUUACUGGUAAACCAUUGCUUUUGGAACUGUUUCAGGAGCAGCUGAAAUAAUCAGAUCAGUUCUUAACUUUCUUUGCAAAACCAUAUUUUGCUAAGACCAUGGUCUUUGCAAAACCAUAUUAAUUUAGCAUCUUUAGAGAAGAGAAGGCAGCUGAUGAAUUUCCUGAAGAGAAAUCUAUCUUAUUCAAUGUCAGUUAAUUAGGGUGCUCUUACUCACAUGCCUUAAAUACAAAGUAAUUGUAUACUAAUUGGUUUUAAACUGCUGACAUUAGCUAUUUGAAGUGGAUCACUAGUGUAAAUAUAAGCAUGCAGUGUUUAUCACAGGAAGUAAACACAGUGGCAUUCUACUAUGGAUUUUAAAAUCAGUGAUUUCAGUAGAGUUAGCUGAUACACAGUCUGUUUCAGAGGGACAUUGUAGCACUCAGCUCCUUUUAUUUUUUUCACCAGUGGGCUGUUUGAGGAUGUAAUGAGGCUGGAUAGAUACAUUAGUUCCAGCUGAAGUAAGCCUAGGGAAAAGUCAAACUAUGGCAAGAAAAGACUGUAGCAUUAAAUUAUUCUCACUAUAUGCAGAUAGCAGACAUGCAUAAAGAAGAAUUUCCUCUUGCAUAUUAAGCAACAAGAAUGUGAUGUUUAUCUUCUUGAACACGUUUCAAUGGUAUAUAAGGACUCAGCUGCCCCAUAGGCAGUGUUGCACUUUGACUAGUUUCAAAUAGAAUAAACAACACUAUAGUGUACACACAGCAUCAACUUUUGUACGGAUCAUGGUUAUUAAAAAAAGAACAACCUGCUUCUAAGUGCUUCAAUAGGAAUUUUUUUUAAACUUAAAACAUAAUUCUGCUAUAAGAAUGUGCUUUUGUAAGAUAAAUAUUUCAUACCAUCUUUCUAAAAAUGUCUUAUUUAGAUACAAAGUGUCACAAUGGUAUUUUUAUGAAAAUAAUGUAUUUUAAUACUGUUACGGUUUGUAUGCAGUUAGUCAUGACCAAAAGUUUAAUGUAUCUAUUAUGUUACUUAAACUACACCACUUCAGCAUUAAUUUCUAACUUGCAACUUUCUUUUGCACACCCUGAUGUGUAGCAUUUCUAAUCCAGAAAUUAGUGUCCAUUUUUUUACUAAAUUAUCUUAAAUACUUAACUGGGAGUACUGUGUAGUUUAUUGGAACCAUGUAAACUGGUAACAACUAUGAUAACUAUUAUAUGACUGCAAAUAUGUAUUUUUGUAAAAGAAAAUAAAGG